AUGCUUGAAUGCACGUGUAAAUUUUACCGUUUAAAUAACAUCUACUGUUUACAACUAUUCUAUGUAAACGCCUGUUUGAUUUUGUAUUGCACUUUUCAUCGUAUGAUCUUCAAUAUACAUAAACAAUUUGUAGAAACGGCAUACUAUCACCCAUUAGAAUAUAAAGCAAAGGGAAACCCGUCUAAAUAUGAAGAAUACCCCAACAAUGUAAAUAUAAGAAAUGAUAACUUGUUUCCAAUUGAAUGGACCGGGACGCAUACUGUUAAUUUCUUACUCUUGUUUAUUCAUGCGAUCACGUAUUUUCAAUUUCUCUUCUGUAACACACAUUGUUUAAAAGCUCAAUAUCAAUUAUUGAUUGUCAUUCAGUACAUAUUUUAUGCAAUUAGCUAUCUAAAAUUGUGUUGCGCAUUUUUCCUGACAUAUGCGUUGUUAUUUUUCUUCUACACAACGUUAACAGAUUUUCUCAUGUAUUUUUGUUACUACCACAUAAAUUUUAAUAUGAUAGGAUGUAAAUUCCAUUUUCAUAUCACCACCAUAUACUGUUUAGAAUUGUUGAAUCUAAUGUUAAUUUUACAAAAUUUUGUAUAUUUUGGUGUGACUUUCUGUUGCGUAAUUAACAAUAUGAUUAUUUUUUAUAUUCAAAAUCAAUCAAUUGCCAUCCACUUUUUUAAACUUGUAUUUCUGUCUGAGGUUACGGCAUUACAUUUUGUGGAGUACUUAAUUAACGGUUAUCAUACUAUAAGAGCAAAGAUAGAAUUAUAUCCUUGCUUUGAAUUUUUGACAUACUAUCUUAAUGUAAGAACAGUGCCAUUUGGGAAAGAAGAAUUAUAUUUUUUUGAUAAUAAUAGCUCUAACUUCCACACAACAUGUGUUUGUAAAUAUGCAAAAGCAAACUUGAAAAAUAAUUUAUUGUGUAUACCAUGUUUUCUGCACGAGUGUAUGUGCAUGUAUGUUUGCUCAUUUAUUCAUCUGCAUCAACAUUUAUAUUAUACUUUGUUAGAAUUUGUUUAUUUUUACAAUGUACUGGUAUUCUUUUUUUCAAAUAUGUAUCACUAUAGUAUCUAUAGCAGUAAUGUUUUUAAAGAAGCCCAACUAGUAAAUAACAUAGACGUAAAUAAAAACAACGUAAACAAUAACAACGUAAAUGAUAAUAAUAAUAAUAAUAAUAAUAAUAAUAAUAAUAAUAAUAAUAAUAAUAAUAAUAAUAAUAAUAAUAAUAAUAAUAAUAAUAAUAAUAAUAAUAAUAAUAAUAAUGAUGAUGAUACAAAUAAUAAUAAUAAUAAUAAUAAUAAUAAUAAUAAUAAUAAUAAUAAUAAUAAUAAUAAUAAUAAUAACAAUAAUAAUAAUAAUAAUAAUAAUAAUUAUGAUAAUAAUCAAUUUGAUGAUAAUAAUAGUAGAAGUAAUAAUAAUGGAAAUAACAAUGAUAGUAAAGGUCUACAGAACAAUACAAUAUCAAAUAAAAUUAAUUGUAAUCUUUCAUUUCUUUCGCUGAAUGUUUGUGGGUUGAAAUCAAAGAUAAAAUGUCCUGAAUUUACUGAAAUGCUCAACCGAUAUGAAGUAAUUGGAUUACAAGAAACAAAACUAAAUGAUCUGGAUCAUGUCGAACUCUCUGGUUACAAACUUCAUUUUAAAAACAGGAAAUUUAGUAAACGUGCUUCAGGCGGAAUCGCUCUUGCUUACAGAUGUGCUUUGUCGAAAUAUGUAACUGUAAUAGAAUCAAAAUCUAACCUUGUUCUUUGGUUCUCUCUAUCGAAAAAACUUUUCAAAACUGAAUCAGACAUUUUAUGUGGUGUGGUUUACAUACCACCUGAAAGAUCAGAUUACUCGGUCGAAGACCCGUUUUUAGAGAUUCAGCUAGAACUGAACAGUUUAUCAGACAAAUACACAUACCAUUCAUUGUUCGGUGAUUUUAACGCUAGGACCAAAGAACUAAACGACUACAUUGUGUUAGACACCGACUUUUUUAAUAUGCAAAAUCUUUAUGAAAUAUGUGAUGAGUAUAAUGCGGAAAUGCAAAAAUUUGAUAAUGCAGAACAUUUGUCGAAGCGUCGUAGAAACUGUGAUCAUAUUGCAAAUAAUUAUGGUAACAGACUUAUCGAAUUUCUCCAGUUUAAUAAUAUUUAUAUCUUAAAUGGCAGAACAAAGGGAAACGAAACAGGAAUGUUAACUUGUAAGUCCUCUAGCACAGUAGAUUAUUUUUUAUGCAGUUCAAAUAUUUUUAAAUACAUAAACAACAUGCAGGUAUUAGAUUUCUGUCCAUUGUUAUCGGAUGCUCAUAACCCUUUAAGUUUAACACUAAACAUAGGAAUUUCCAAAAGUACGGAAACCGAUUCUAACGAUACUCCUGACAUAAGAUUAUGGGAUAACUCUAAAAUAAAUGAAUUCGUACUUAAUAUAGAUUUGAAUGAAGUAUGUAGACUAUCAGAUAAGUUAGAUAAUCAGGAAAUUAAAGACAAUUUUAACCAAGAAACUGUGGAUAAUAUCAUGUCAGAUAUUGCUUCUUUAUUUCUUCGAUCCUCUAAAACAUCUUUUGGUUCUAUGCGCAACAAUAAAAAUAAAAAUAUAAAUAAUGAAAAAUCGUCUGAUUCAUCGACGUGGUUUGGGCAUAAAUGUCGAACUGCGCGUAAACAAUUCCAUAAGGCUAAAUACCUUUAUAAAUUGCGAAAAUCAGAGACUAAUAAAGAAAACCUUAAAACAAAAAGUAAAAUGUAUAAAGAAACCAUGAAACUUUUUUAUAAUAAAGCUAAAAAUAAAAAUAUAGAAAAAUUAAGGAAAUUAAAACAUUCUGAUCCUAGAAAAUAUUGGAAAAUUUUAAAAGGUAACAACAAAGAAAAAAUAGAGUGUGGUAUUAAUGAAUUGUAUUCUUAUUUCAAAGAAAAUAAUUUUGCAAGCAAUAUAAGCGAUCAAAUACCAGAGGUUCACAUUCAAACGCAAAAUGCAGAAAUAAAUGAAACUAUCAACUGUCCAAUAACUGAAGAAGAAAUAUCAAAAGCAGUCAAAUCUCUAAAAAAUAACAAAUCAUGUGGAAUUGAUAAUAUUGUAAAUGAACACAUUAAAUACUCGUAUCAUAUUUUUUUAAAAACGUUUACCUUAAACUAUUCAAUUUGAUUUUAGACAAUGGCACAAUCCCGGAAUCAUGGACCAUUGGACUCAUAAAUCCAAUUUAUAAAAAUAAAGGUGACAAAUCUAAACCAGAAAAUUACAGGCCCAUAACUCUGCUCAGUUGCUUUGGUAAAUUAUUUACUUGCAUUAUCAAUAACAGAUUGACAAAUUACGUUGAAUCAAAUGAUAUUUUACAUAAUUCUCAAGCUGGUUUUCGAAAAGGUUUUUCAACUCAAGAUAAUAUGUUUAUUCUUCAACAUUUAAUUCAAUAUAAUAAUAAUAACAAAAAGAAAUUAUUUUGCGCUUUUAUAGACCUUAAACAAGCUUUUGAUACUGUUUGGCGAGAUGGUCUUUGGAAUAAAUUAGGUAAUUAUAAUAUCAAUGGAAAAUGUUUUAAUUUUAUUAAAAACAUGUACAAUAAUAUUAAAUCAUGUGUUAAAUCAAAUUCAACUGUAUCAAGUUUCUUUCCAUGUAAUAUUGGUGUAAGACAAGGCGAAAACCUUUCGCCUUUGAUGUUUUCUCUUUACCUAAAUGAUCUACACAAUUUUUUUGACAAUAAUACUAAUAUAAAUGGAAUACUUAUACCUGAUAGUGAAAAUACAGAUGAUAUGCAGACUUUUUUAAAAUUAUUUAUCUUACUUUAUGCAGAUGAUACUGUUAUUUUAGCUAACAGUGAAGAUGAAUUACAAAACUCUCUUGAUUUAUAUGAAGAAUAUUGUGAUGCUUGGAAGCUAACCGUAAAUAUUGAAAAAUCAAAAAUUUUAAUUUUCUCAAAAGGAAGAAUACCUCAAUAUCAUUUUUCAUUUAAUAAUCAACAGUUAGAAAUAGUGCAAGAAUAUAAGUACCUUGGAAUAUAUUUUAGUAGAAGCGGAUCAUUUUUUAAAUGUAAGAAACAUUUAUCUACACAAGCAACUCGCGCUAUGUAUAGCCUAAUUAAAAAUUCAAAUAGAUUAAGUUUACCCAUAGAUUUACAAAUUGACAUGUUCAAUAAAACAAUCAAACCAAUUCUUUUAUACGGAUCUGAAAUAUGGGGUUUUGGAAAUUAUGAUAUAAUUUGAACGUGUUCAACUUAAAUUUCUUAAGUAUAUUUUAAAGUUAAAAAAGUCAACACCAAACUAUAUGGUUUAUGGGGAAACCGGUUGUACACCUCUCUCUAUAGAUAUUGAAGAGAAAACUAUCGCAUUUUGGUCAAGAAUAUGUAAUGUUAGUCCAGAUACAUUGCCAAAUAAAUUAUCUUCAGUAGUUUACAAAAAUGUAGUUAACAUAGCUAAAACAUUGGGCAAUGAAUCAUUGAAAAGAAAAUAUCCUUGGUUUUAUAAUAUUAAAGACAUUUUUAUCAAAUGUGGAAUGAUACAUAUAUGGACGAACCAUCAUUUCCCAAACAGUAAAUGGCUAAAACUUUCAGUACGACAAAAAUUAAAAGAUCUGUUUAUUAACGAAUGGUAUGCUAAUGUAGAAAACUCUUCUAAGGCUAGCUUCUAUAAACUUUUUAAAUGCAAAUUUGAAAGAGAAUCAUUUUUAUCCUUGCCAAAGUCAGCAAUUCUAUAUUCAUUGAUACGAUUUCGUACUCGAAACCACCAUCUUCCGAUAGAAAUCGGAAACUGGGCAAGAAUUCAAUUAAAUGAUAGACUAUGUACGUCAUGUAAUAAAUUAGGCGACGAAUUUCAUUUCUUAUUCGAAUGCAAAAUCUUUGAAAAUGAGCGUAAACGCUUCUUAAAACCUUAUUAUUUUAGAAGACCAAAUAUAAUCAAAACAUCUGAAUUAAUGAAUACUAACAAUAAACAAGAACGUCUCAAAUUAGGUAAAUUUGUUAAGUGUAUACUAAGUAGAAUUUAAGGCAUUGACCACUAUGUAAUAAUUAUAAUAU